UCUUUCACAUUUAUCACAAAUAUUUGUACAAUUCAGUUUUCAUAUGGCUCUCUAUGGAACCUUAAUGCUUCUUCUUUCCCUUUUGCUACUUCUCCUUUUGACCCAUGCAUUGGCUGAGGGAUUAACCUUAGAUAUUGUUAGUCUUGGAGCAAAGCCUGAUGGAAAGACCGAUGCCUCGCCUGUACUCCAAACAGCAUGGGCCAAGGCUUGUGACUCGACGGGACCUGCUACUAUUCACGUGCCCAUAGGCACAUUCUACGUUCAAAGUGGGAGCUUUAAUGGGCCUUGUAAGAACAAUGCUAUUACUAUUCGCAUCGAUGGCACUCUUGUGGCUUCCUCAGACAUUCAAGUUCUAGCUAAAACUAAAGCUUGGAUUGCGUUUAAAGACGUAAAUGGGCUUUCCAUUCAUGGCGGUGUUAUUGAUGGGAAAGGAUCUAGCAUAUGGGAUUGUAAACACUCUGGGAAUAAUUGCCCCGAUGGAGCACCGAAUCUUGAAAUCACAAAUGCACAAGAUGUUAUCAUCGAUGGAUUAGCUUCAAUUAAUAGCCAAAUAUUUAACAUUGUGGUGCACGGUUGCCAAAAUGUGAACAUUCAAGGAGUGAAGGUCUCGGAUCCUGGCGAUAGUCCGAACACUGAUGGCAUCCAUGUGCAGGAGUCAUCAGAUGUGACCAUCCUCAGUUCCAACAUCGGCACCGGUGAUGACUGCAUCUCAAUUGGUCCAGGGACCACCAACUUAUGGAUAGAAAGUGUUACAUGUGGACCUGGGCAUGGAAUCAGCAUUGGGAGCUUGGGGAAGUCGGCAGAUGAGCCUGGAGUGAAAAAUGUGACAGUUACAUCAUCGACUUUUACCGAGAGUACGAAUGGAGUAAGGAUUAAGUCUUGGGCAAGACCAAGUAGUGGGUUCGCAACCGAUAUUCAUUUUCAACACAUUACUUUGGAUAAUGUGAAGAACCCUAUCAUAAUUGAUCAAAACUACUGUCCACAUGAUGAAGGCUGCCCCCAUCAGGAUUCGGGAGUAAAAAUUAGCGAAGUAACUUACGAAGAUAUCAAGGGAACAUCAGCCACUGAAAUAGGAGUCAAAUUUGAUUGUAGCCCAACAAAUCCUUGCACUGGACUCACCUUGGAAGACAUUAAAGUGACUUAUAAUGAUCAAAUCGCUAAAGCUUCAUGCGAAGGUGCCAAAGGAACUGCCUCUGGUGUGGUUGAACCUGCUAGUUGCUUAGAAUAGACGAACUUAAUUUUGGUGAUAGCCUAUUACUUAGUAUAUUACAAAGGUGAAAAUUGGAGUUGUAUUGCUUCAGCCUAAUAAACGAACUCUUAUGAAUUUAAAUA